UGACAUAACCUAGAAAUCACACAAAAAACGCAAAUAAAACAGAAUUGACACUAAAUUUCAGGAAAAAGCCAUAUAAUUAAUGCAAUAAAGUAGUCUGAUGGUGGUUUUUUUUGCCUAAAAGCCCCCACUUUCAAGUUUGUUUUACAUAACCUAUAUUUUUUGAGAAAUGGAGCAACAAAUAAAAGACUUGAUUUUGAGCUCGAAGGAGCCUCUAGUGUUCAAAAAUUACAUAAAUUGGGGCUUAGUGACGUGGGGCCUCCCCGACUGGCGUAACAUGCUCAAAAAUGAAGAAUUGUUGUUUCGUUGUGGCACAAAAUCCUUCACUCAAGAGCCCCAAUGGGAGCGCACCACGGGGACUAAAAACGCCCCAUUUGAGGAGUUUAUUUCGUUUACGGAAAGUGCCCCCAAUGGUUGGAUGUAUUUCGACUACAAAUACCUCAAAGACUGCUUUAAAACCAGCAAAGAGUUGAAAAAAGAAAUAAAUUGGGGCCUUUUCGGGUUUCCUGAACUGUCUUCAGAGGACUCCACAAUUUGGAUUGGGUCUCAAGGGGCCCACACCCCGUGUCAUAUCGACACUUACGGUUGUAAUAUAGUUGCCCAGAUUCACGGCCGAAAACAAUGGAUUUUAUUCCCCCCUGGGGAGGACUUAAAACCCACAAGAAUUCCCUACGAAGAGUCGAGUAUUUACUCCAAAUUGAACUUUUUUAGCCCCACUAUUGCAGAUUUUAACGGAGUUGGAAAUUGUAGGAGAGUUGUCCUGGAGCCAGGAGAUGCCUUAUUUGUGCCCCACAAAUGGUGGCACUAUGUCGAAAAUUUAGAUACGGCAAUUAGUGUCAACGUUUGGGUGCCUCUGCCUGAGGAUCACGAAGAGAGGUUCAAGGAGGCUCUAGUGCAGUUUUUCAUCACACAAGUGACACAAAACCUUGACUUUGAAACGAAAAAAGUGAUUUUAAACCCGAAUUCUGACCAAGAAAUUGGAAGUAUGACUUUGGACGUUGCACUCGACGUUGUUAAUAAAUGUAAAGACAUUUUUUCAAAGACAAGGACUGAAAAACGGCCAAUUUCAGUCAGAAAUGAGAGUUUUACUUUUGUAGACAAAAUUCCGGUUUUGUCGUCCCAAGAUUUCAACAAAUUUUUGGAAAAUCAGAAAAGCCGAUUUGGGAACACUAAAAAUGAAACUGAAAAACGCAAUUUUCCUGAAAUAAUCAAUUUAAUCGAAGCUUUCAGCCACCCUGAAAUUAUUUCAUUGGUUGGAAAAAAAUUGUCAAAUCAAGUCGCUUAUGAUUUUUUCAAAUUGCACAAAAAUCUUAACUCUGAAUAAAUAAUUAAAUUAAAAGCGUUACAUCGACUACAAAACUUAUUAUUACACCCUAGUAAUGAUGCAAAAGUAAAAUUUGUAGUUUUAUAAUUUAUUUUUGUAAAAAACAUGGCCUACUUCAUCAGUCUUCCGCUGCGUAACUAAGAACCGUUAAAACCCAUCACACCAGCUUCCAAUUAUUAAAGUCCAAUAUUAAAAA